GUCACAUAAAUGUUUUAAUUCAUUUUUCGGGAAAACUAAACAAACUUUGCAUUAAUGGCCAAUUUUGAUUUACUACCUGACAACAUCAUAUUAGAAGUUUUGAACUAUUUGCCUGUUAAAGAAUUAUGCAUAGCUGGAAGUGUGUGUAGAAGAUGGAGAAGGAUAACCAGAGAUUACACAUUGUGGAGACAUGUAGAUUUAACACCCUACAGAUUAGAUUUGAAAAAGACGUGGAAGGUUAUCAGGUCACAUUUCUCUGAAUGUCUGAUCAGUCUGAAACUUAGAGGAGAUUUUAACAUGCCAAUAAAGGAUAAAAACCCAGUAUCAGAUGCUAUGCUUGCUGACUUGAAUGAGAGAUGUCCCAAUAUCAGACAUAUAACCUUACAAAACUGUAAACUACAAAACCUAGAGAUGAAACUUCCACCAAGUCUGACUUCUAUAGAACUGUAUCAGUGUUACUGGAAACCUAGAUGGUUUAAACAUCUCCAUACCAUGGUACCGAACAUCAAGUGUCUCAUACUAGAACAUACCUCACGAGUAGAUAAUCAUGAUCUAGACGAUGUUUGUAAAAUAACAGGAUUAGAGUCUCUUAAUUUGAAUGCUUGUUACAGAAUUAAUGAGAAAGGGUUAGAAAAGAUUGCAAAAGAACUGAUUAAUUUACAAACUUUAGAAAUAGCACAUUGUAAUUGUACUGAUCUCAUUUUACAUCAUAUAUCACGUCAUUUGACAAAGUUAGAAACUCUGAACAUCAGGAAUAGUAAAGUUACCGAUUCAGGUAUUUCUACUAUAGUGUCAGGACUAAGCAAUCUUAAGCAUUUAAAUAUAAAUAAAUGUGAUUUACUGACGACAUCUGGUUUGGAAUGUCUGAAGUCUCUAAAAUCAUUGAAAACUUUAGUGUGUGACAUUGCCCACAUCACAUCAAUGUUAGAGACCAUAUUAGAAAAUAAUGGCUGUAUUAUUACAGCAUUAAAUCCUAACAAGCCAGGGAAUAUUUAAGGGCCUCUUUGUUAUUUAUUCAUUUGUUUUCCUGAAUAUGAAUGAAAUAAUUGCCACUGAACAUUUUACGCAAGCAAUCAAUUAUUGUUUUUAUUUUUUUCCAAAUAUAUUUGACCCUUAACUGUAAAAUCAUCUCUUGUUACUACCUUUGCCUCUUAAUAAUCAAGUUGAUCAACAAUGUUCAAACAAGAAAUAUUUCUAAUGAUGCUGUUUUAAGCUGAAAUUAGCCAGCAUUGUUGUAUUAUACAAUAAUAUGAAAAAGGAUUGCUAAAAAUUCUUAAAAUAUGUUGGAAUACUUACACUCUUAAGUACUGUUACUUGAAACUAUACAAGGGAUGAAAUAGUUUCCUGAAAUUCUACUCCAGGUGGCUCUUUGAUUUCACAAUACAACUUUGGAUCAUCUGUUUAAAGAUUAAAUUGAAUUGGCAUAGGAAAUCACUGCCCAUUUCUUGUUUAUCAUAAGAUCCUGGCUGACUCCUGCUUCACAUCUGGUCAGGACUGAAGUGUCUUGGAGUUUGUGCAUAUCAUGUCGACAUAUAUAUCCAUUUAAUCAUUUAUCAACAAUUCUAUUAAAAAAAUGUAGUAUGGUUCGAUUACUAUAACUAUAUGUUACUCUUAAAAGAACUUUGUCAAAUUUUGAAUAAACUUUUCACGAUUAUGGCUCUAUGAAUAUGUCCACAAAUAGUGCUAUCCCAGAAUGCUUUCUAUCUUACACCAAAAAAUUGAAUCCAUGUUUUUGUUAUCCAUCUAUCUUUACAUGAAAAGUACCACUAUAUGUGCUAUUGUAAUGUGUGAAGACAUGAAAUUACGCAAAAUGAAAUGAUUGGUUUUUUUUAUAAUUUAUAUUUACUGGAUUAUUUACUACUCAAUGCUUUAUUUAAGUUUGGUACAUAUAUGUUUGUUUUCCUUCUUUUUACUUUUUUAAACUGGCAAAUGUUCACCGAAAUGGAUAUAUGAUGUUAUAAAAUAUAUUUUAUUUUAUGUAUUAUUUUUUUUGCAAAUUAUUAUGCAGGGUUUAUUUUAUAAGUGUGUCAAAAAUGAUUGUUUUAACAUUCAAUAAAAAGAGAUUUGAUGUUAUUCAGGUAAAUAUUUAUGAAACAGCAUCCUAAAACACAAACAAACAAAUGGCAUUUACUGAUUUAAUGUUAAAAUAAGGUCCAACAAAGAACAAGUAUGUAUAAAAUUUGUCUAUCGCUAAUUUGAGGUUUCAUAUGACUUAAUGACAAAAUUUAUUAUAAAGAAGACCUUAAAUUAAAAAUUGAGUGUACAAUGAAAGCAUAUUCAAAAUAAUACCAAAUAAAAAUUUAAUAUAUAGUA